GAAUGACUCAAUGACUCACGAAUUCACUCAAUGUUUGCGUCAAUUGAUUGUCAUUUCAAAUGAAGUGUUGUUUGCAUUCACACCACAAGUAUUGACAUCUCAUUUGACCACAAGAAAUGAGAUCCCAUUAUAAGGUCGUGGUGUUGGGCGCCAAACAGUGCGGAAAGACAUCAAUUCUGGAUCAAGUGAUCAAUGGAUCCAAACGCAAGUUUAACACCAAUUAUGAGCCAACCAUUGAAGAUAUCUUCGGCGCCGUUGUCGAGACUGACAGACAAACCAAAGAGAAGAUCUAUUUCUUCGACUUCUCGGGAAUGAGCGCUCCACUGAAUAUUGAUGCCAUCAAAACAUACCUGUCUUACGCUGACGCAUUUGUAUUGAUUUAUGCCAUAAACGACAAGAAUUCGUACCUCAUUUUGGAUCACAUCAAGAAAGCCAUUGACAGACAUAAAGACAGAGACAAAAGAGAUAUGCCAAUCGUGACUAUUGGCACAAAAGUGGACAGAUUUCGUGAACGGGAAGUGGAUUUCGAUGAAUCUCAGGGUUGGGCUCAACGAGAGAAGACUCGUCUCUUCGAAGUGACG